AUGGCCGAAGCUGUUCGCGUGAAAGAACCUCAAAAUACCUUAAAACACACUGUUAUUCUUUCCCUCUAUAAUACUUGCAUGUGCUAUUUGAUGAACAGAGAAUUGGGAUCACCAAUGCAAACAUCCAAGACUCCGAAUGUGAAUAAGAAAGAUGUUUUGGAUUUGGAUUUGGUUCAACUUGAUAAGGUCACUGAGGAAAUUUACAAAACAAAGAGUGAUGAUGAAGCACAACAGAAAAUUUCAGAAUUGUUUGAUGGAGACUUGAGAAAACCAAGUAGAAAUAUUGAUUUAUUCCUAACAAAGAAUCAAGACAAUAUUGGAGAAAUGGGAAGUAGAAUUGAUCAGAUUUUACAUAUGAACCCAAAGCAAGCUUUCGCCAAGUGGAACAAGUUGUCCGAAUUGAGCUUGAAAAAGUUUGGAUCUACUGUCAAUGUGGAUGAGAAGAAUCCUCUCAACCCUCAAAUAGCUCAACAAAUGUUUGAAAUGGUUAGCCGUCAUUGCGACAAGGAAAGAAGCUUGGAAGAAUGGAUUGCUGGAGAUGAUCGAAUCAAUAUUGUCAGCUUCUCAACAUGCACUACUAGCGUCGUGUGUGCAAAACAAAUUCAAAAAUGUUUCAACUAUGAUUCAGUAGAUGUUGAUUUCUAUCAAUGUAUUUCCUCUGAUAAGGACUUGAUGAAAUGUACAAAGAAUAUCAUCGGAGUGGAUUUAUAA